CAUACCGCCAAUGAUCUAAUCUAAGCCACUAUGUACAUACACUAGAAUUGUUCUUCCUUCGGUACGCCCAGGUAGUAGGUAGGGUACAUAUGUAGGUAAAAAGAAGGGUUACACCGGAAGACACUUUCCUGCCCCCCUCGUGAUGCGUUUUGGGUCAGCAAGGCUGACCCCUAGUAAAUAGGUAGGACCUUGAUUAAGUAUUUGUUCCCAUCCCUUACUUGACCCCGAGAACAACAUUGAACCUCGAAGAACAGCACAGCUUCGCAUAUACAUACCUACUUAACCCAUCAUAUACUACUAUACCUAUCAUCUACCACCUAUCCCCAAGCACCUUCCCCGGACAGCGUACAUAUGCGCUCUCCACCACCCCGCCAAAGCAUCGAGUACAACUCUGCCACAACCCGCAACAACCGCACCAGCAUCACCAUCACUUCUUCCUCCCCCUCCCCCUCCUCCUCCUCAACAACAACAACAAUCCGCGAAACCAAGAUGUGCUUCCGAGCCGAGCCCUCGCGGAAGCACUACUACCACGAGGAGUACAUCCCCGUGCGCCAGGUGCACCACCACCAGCACCGGUCGUCGACGCCGCGCGCCAGCUACCACUCGCACCACGUCCACGCGCACAGCCCCCGCGUCAGCACCACGAGCUACCGCCGCAGCACCCCCGUCGUGUAUGAGCGGACGAGCCAGACGCGGUACCACUAAAAGGGAUGAGGAAGGCUACUGC